AUGUCGAGAAACAGCUACUCAUACUCGACUGCCACGGCGUCGAGGCACAUCACCGGACACGGCACCAGCAGCGCCUUCAGCUCCUCUGCAAACCCAGAUGAAGACUGGACCAAGAUCUCCGACUUGGCUGAGCGCAGGCGGAUACAAAACCGCAUUGCUCAACGGAAUUACCGCAAGAAGCUCAAGAGACGUCUUGAAGAUCUCGAGAGACGCGCUGGAUCAUCUUCCGCAUCACCACCUCAGAUGCACGCAGAACUCCAGCAGCAAGAGCGUGAGACCGCCCAGCAGUACAAGAAGAGCCCGGAGGUUGUACACAGACAACCAUCUCCCAGAAUUUUGCAAAACCAAUAUACCCCACCAAUGGAGACCGAUCUGAUGUUCUCCCACGGUUUUGAGCGGGAAGGGUCAAGAACACCCCCGCUUUUCGCAUACCACCAGUACCCAGCUCCAGAAGAGAUCGUCUACCCGCCAUACCCUCAAUCACAGCAAUACCGACCGGUUUCCACCGCUAGUGACCAUUAUGACUACCUCGCUCCAGUCCCAGUCACUCUGCCUUCAAUGAUGCACUUUCACGAGGCCGUCAAGCGGGAAGACGACACUCUGAGCCCGUUCAGUCUCAGCUACCAAGGGCUUCCACCGAUGGACUUCUCCCAGUCUCACGGCUACGACGACUCGAACCCUCAUACUCCUCCUCUGUCACACUCAUACGAACAUUCUUCAACCUGCUCAGAAUCCGGGUACCAAUACCCAUCGACUCCUCUGUCGAUGCCUGCUUCCCCGAGGAUGCUUUCACAAAUAUAA